CCUCGUCCUGGAUACGAAAUCCACUCACAUGCUCCAUGUUGAUGCCACAGCUUAGCUUAGAAUGACGUUGCACGAGUGGACUUCUGAUACGUCGAAAAUGAGAGUUUUGACGCAAACGCGUUGUGGAUUUUGCCAUUUGUUGAUGUUAUAAGACCUGCGCGCGUCGCAUUGGGCCCCCUUUUCCCCUGUUCCACUCUUUCAGGACUGCUGCUAAAAUUCGAGCUCAUCUGAUAGGACGGUCACGUCUCUGGUUGUCCGCUGUUCUGCCCUCAUACGAGCUCUGCUUUACGACUACCGACGGUUCACGAUGUCCGACGAGAAGAAACCUGAAGCCACUCACUCCGAUCGAGACAGUAUUGAGAAAGUUGAGGUGGCGCAUGUCAAGUCUGACGAUUCGGAGGAGGUAUAUGACUUUGCUGGAGAAUCAAGCCUACCGCCUCCACCGAAGUUAACACCUGAGCAAGAGAGGAAACUCUAUAGGAAGAUCGACCUCAGGAUAAUGCCUAUUGUAACGCUCAUGUAUUUGUUCUCUUUCUUGGACCGAGGAAAUAUUGGCAAUGCGAAGCUUCAAGGGCUAACGACGGAGCUUAAUCUGACCGGAAAUAAGUACAACAUCGCGCUAACGAUGUACUUCAUUCCUUAUUGUCUCGUUGAAUGUCCUGCAAAUCUCCUAGUAAAGAGACUGAGACCAUCCAGGUGGCUGCCAGCAAUAACGGUGGCAUGGGGUAUCAUCAUGACGUGCAUGGGUAUUGUUCAGAACUACCCACAACUGGUCGUGUUACGAGUUUUACUGGGCAUGGCUGAAGCUGGCUUUUUCCCUGGCGUUGUUCUAUGUUUGACAUUUUGGUAUCCACGACACAUGCUUCAGUUUAGAGUUGGUCUCUUCUGGGGUGGAGCUACUGUGGCCGGUGCUUUCUCCGGUCUGCUUGCUUUCGGCAUAUCGUUCAUGAGUGGAAGACACGGCUUGCUUGGAUGGUCGUGGAUAUUCAUUAUCGAGGGUAUCGCAACAGUUGCUGUUGGCAUUCUAGGCUUCUUUCUCUUGGUUGACUUUCCGGCGACCGCAUCUUUCCUUACGCCAGAGGAACGCUCUUACAUCAUCUGGCGCAAGAAGUUUGACAAUUCUACGGUCGGCGAGGAGGAACAUUUUGCGCUGAAGCAUGUCUGGAAGGCGUUUUCCGACUGGCAGAUAUGGGUACAUAUCCUUAUCUAUAUGUCAAUUAUUGGGCCAUUGUAUAGUAUAUCGUUCUUUCUCCCAUCUAUAAUCAACGGCUUCGGUUUUAGUACCGCCAUUAGCCAACUGCUCACAGUGCCUCCGUACGUUUGCGCAACCAUUGUCACCAUCAUCUUUGCAAUUUGGUCCGAUCGAGUUCAGAAGCGUUCACCAUUCAUACUGGCAAGUUUAACUAUGUGCCUCAUCGGAUUCUCGAUCAAUGUCUCCCGUGCACCCAUUGGCGUCAAGUAUUUUGGGACCUUCUUCUGUGUGACCGGAAGUUAUGCCGCCUUCCCUGGCGUUAUCUCUUGGCUGGGAAACAAUAUGGCUGGUCAAUAUAAGCGUGCUACGGGAAUAGCAUUACAUAUUGGCAUAGGAAAUCUUGCUGGAGCUAUUGCCUCAAAUACAUACCGCUCCCAAGAUGCCCCACGAUAUAUCAUAGGCCACGCUAUUGCACUGAUGUUUGUUGGCAUCGGGCUCACCGCUGUUCCUCUCGCAGUGACACUCUACAUCAGAACCAACGCGAAACGAGAGGCGCAUUUACAGCAUCUUCGAGAAACCGGAACCAAGUAUAGCGUGAAAGAACUACUACAGAUGGGCGACCGUGCGCCUGAUUUUAGAUACACGUUGUAAGAGUCUGCUUAUCUUACACACUCUAGCCGCAUAGCGGUGCAGGAAAGGAUCAUUACAGCCCUUUGCAUAAUUCCGUGAAAGUUGCAGAUUUUUUUCUUCUGUUUGGCCAGCUUUGAUCACGCCAAAUAGCGUGACCUAUGUUAUGCACAGUG